UCCCCGGAGGUCGCAGCGUGCGGAUGUGCCCCGGCGGCGCUGAACCCUGAGAAACUUCGCACUCCAGGGAUGAGCAGCUCCAGGAGGCAGCGAGGCGCCCGCCCAGCCCGACACACAGCCCCGGAGCGCCCGAACGCCUCAGCCCCCUGAUGCUGAUCGCCCACCCGACCCCCGGCAGCCCCCGGCCGGCCGGAGCACAGGUACGAGGCAGCCUCGGGUGAGCCGCGGCAGAGCCGGGCAAGGCGAUGCCGCACUUCGGGUCUUUUCAAGCCCCACGGCUGGAAUCGGGAUCCUCUUUCGCGGGGUGCAAAAGGGCGUCUGUGGAUGCUUGGUAGAGCCAAGCCAGCACUGGGGGAGAAACGAGAGACGGCGGCAGAUUUUUUCUGGCGUCUCAUCGAGUGGCCGUGCCGCCGGGCUGUACAGAGGCUCCUGCCCGUCACAAUGUCCUCGCCGGUGACCGCGGAGCCGGUCUGGCCGCGGGUGGCAAAGCUGUUCCUGCUGCUGCUCCAGCUGUGCGCCCCCCGAGCCUCCCCGCAGCCCCACCGCUGCCCCGCCGCCUGCAUCUGCACCUCCGACCUGCUGAGCUGCAGCCGGCAGAUGCUGCAGCGGGUGCCCCAGGCACUGCCGCCCACCACCACCACGCUGGACCUCAGCCACAAUGCCCUCACACAGCUCCACGACCACUGGCUGGCCGCCCUCCCGCACCUCGAGGCCCUUCACAUCAGCCACAACCAGAUUCGGGACCUUUCUCCACAGGCUUUCCACAAUGCCUCCUUCCUGCGGCACCUGGACAUGUCCUCCAACCACCUGCAAGCCGUGAAGAGGCACUACUUCGAGGCGCUGGUGAGCCUGGAGGAGCUGCUGCUCUACAACAACCGCAUCACGCGGGUGGAUGAAAAUGCCUUUGCCAAGCUGAAUGAUCUGCGGAAAGUCUACCUGAGCUGGAACAACCUGACCACCUUCCCCUUCCAUGUGGUGCAGGGGCUGGCAAUCUACAACCUCCGCACGCUGGACCUCUCCUCCAACAGCCUGAGCAGCAUCCCUGUGGAGGUGCUUGCAGCUCUGCCUGAAAACAUCGGUAAUGGCUUGUACCUGCACAACAACCCCAUCAGGUGCAGCUGCCCGCUCUACCUGAUGCUUCAGCGCUGGAAUCAGCGAGGUUUCAGCUCCGUGAAAGAUUUCUCCGAGGAACACACCUGCAAGGUGUCUGACAACGUGCCCCGGUCCCUGAUCAAGCUCCUCAAACACAGCCACAUAUUUGAGAACUGCUCGGCGAGCGCCGAAGACGCGCAGCUCUCGCACUUGGAGGUGACGGUGGGCCAGCCCAUCCUGCUCUCCUGUAACACCAGUAACACCAGCCUGCCGCACACGGCCACCACCUACAUGUGGAUCACCCCUCACCACGAGCCCAUCAAACACCCAGGGAACAGCAAUCGCUCCCUGGAGGUUUACCGCAAUGGCAGCCUGAGGAUUGCCGUAGCCAAGCCCUGGCUCUCAGGGGUCUACGUAGGCUUGGCCAUGAACAGCCCCUACAACUUCAGCAGGAUGUGUGAGUUCAACAUGACCGUCCUCUACCCCAAGGCAGCUGGGGAAACCUUCAGCACUGGCCUCACGACCCUGCUGGGCUGCAUUGUGAGCCUUGUGCUGGUGAUCAUCUACUUGUACCUCACGCCGUGCCGCUGCCUGGGCUGCUGCAAGAAGCCGGCCCCGCUGAGCCCCCCGCAGGAGUGCAGCGCCCAGUCCUCCAUCCUCAGCACCACUCCUCCUGCCACCGAUGGGCCAAACCGCAAGGCCAGCGCCAACAAACACGUCGUCUUCCUCGAGCCCAUCAGGGAGACACAGAAUGGCAAGAUUCGGCUGGCCAUCGGUGAGGAUUUCCCCGACCCCAAGCACCCCAAGGUCCUGCAGCUCAAGUCAGACUCGGAGUCCAUCAGCUCUGUCUUUUCUGAUACCCCCAUUGUGUCUUAGUGGGACAGAGCUGAGGUUUCCCAAGAGCUGGUCUCCUCCAUUGCUGCUAGAACAGGAUUAUUGGGCAUCCCGAGUUCCUGGCUUGACCACGACCCACAGGAGUGAUUGACAUCAACCACAACUGCUUCAGCCGUAGGUUCCUGGUGGGUUUUGGGCCACAGGCAUGCUGGUGCCCAGCAAGAGCGCCUUGCAUAAUCCACUGGCAACGGCCUCGUUAGCACACGGCUAACACUGAUGAACCCAGCAUGCUGGAGAAACACCCGUUCAUUUGGGCACCCACCCUCCCUAAUUUGACAGCAGGCCCAGGGGUCUGCCAUGUCCCCAGGCAUGAGAUGCCAAACCUGACACCACUGCCACAGACCCCCAGGCCGAGGAAUAGCUGUGACAAGUGGGACACUGUCCUGGCUCGUGCCAGAGUCCUCAGGAAUGGCGGUGCCACCAUCCUCUCCCAGCACACACCGGUCGCCAUCAGCAUGUCAUGGCUGGGAGCGGGGGACUGUGAUCCCAUCACAAACUGGGGGUACACAGCCCUCCCCAAACGUGGCCACGCAGGAGGGAUGGAGCUCAGCGCCUGACCAGCCACGCAGCAAAGCAAAUCUUACAAGCUUUUGCUUCCUGAGAAGCUGUAAAUCGUCAGGAUUAGGUGACGAGACACAGCGCCCCAGCCCGCAUUGCUCAGAGCUCGGUGCCACCAAGGACACGGAGGUCUCCGAUGCACCACGCGCUCCUUCGCUGCUUCUCCUUGAGGCGGACACGCGCUGCUCAAGCCCAGCUAUUUAGGCAGUAACCUAAUCAGCCUAUCGAUAAA